CCACUUCCACCCUGCACCCCUUCUUCCCCCCCUGCACCAUGAACACCAAUGUCUGCGUGGAGCCCGGGCCGAGCCCGGAGGCCCCGGGCUUGCCCAAGGAGAGCCACCUGCCCGAGGGGGCCCUGAACAGCCUUGUGGAUUACAACUCGGAGAUGGAGCGCUACCGCUCCUUCGCCACCUCCUUCUACAAGACCAACGGGGGCGCCUUCCCGCAGGCGGCCAAGAUCGCGCGCAUCACCACCCCCAUCUUCCCCAGCAGCGCCGCCGCCGCCGCGGCCGCCGCGCGCAUCGGCAUGUCCCCCUGGAACUGCGACAACGCGGCCACCGGCGGCGGCGGCGGUGGCGGCGGCGGCGGCGGCGGCGGCAGGACCGGCAUGCACCACCGAAACGACUCCCAGAGGCUGGGGAAAGCUGGCUGCCCGCCAGAGCCGUCGUUGCAAAUGGCAAAUACUAAUUUCCUCUCCACCUUAUCCCCUGAACACUGCAGACCUUUGGCGGGGGAAUGCAUGAACAAGCUCAAAUGCGGCGCUGCUGAAGCAGAGAUAAUGAAUCUCCCCGAGCGCGUGGGGACUUUUUCCGCUAUCCCGGCUUUAGGGGGCAUCUCAUUACCUCCAGGGGUCAUCGUCAUGACAGCCCUUCACUCCCCCGCAGCAGCCUCAGCAGCCGUCACAGACAGUGCGUUUCAAAUUGCCAAUCUGGCAGACUGCCCGCAGAAUCAUUCCUCCUCCUCCUCGUCCUCCUCAGGGGGAGCUGGCGGAGCCAACCCGGCCAAGAAGAAGAGGAAAAGGUGUGGGGUCUGCGUGCCCUGCAAGAGGCUCAUCAACUGUGGCGUCUGCAGCAGUUGCAGGAACCGCAAAACGGGACACCAGAUCUGCAAAUUUAGAAAAUGUGAAGAGCUAAAGAAAAAACCUGGCACUUCGCUAGAGAGAACACCUGUUCCCAGCGCUGAAGCAUUCCGAUGGUUCUUUUAAAGCAGUAGUAGAUCUUAUUUUCAAGGCAUUUGGAAGUGAAGGGCAGACUAAUGUCUUGUUUUAAGAAACUGCUUAGUCCACCACUGAAGAAAAUAUCCAGAUAUUAUUUUCAUUUUAUGUAUAGGGGUUUCUUCAAAAAAAAAAAAAAGGAAAGAAAAGAAAAGGAAAAAAAGACAUAUAAAAAUAAUCUGGGAGCUUGGGGAAUUGGCCAGUCUAUUUACUUUCAAACACUGAUUCUUUCUUUGAUGUAAUUUAGCUAUACUAGUGAAGUUGUUGUCUAUUUUGAAAGUGGCUGUAAAAAAAAUAAGUUUAGGUAAACCCCUGCUGUAAAAUCAUGUAUCUUUGCAAAGUACAUAUCUAUACUUCAUUUUCAAAUAUAUGUGUUUCAGUACUGUAAACUGUACAGAUAGCAGCUUGUAUUUUGUGUGUUUAGACACAAGGAGACAAUCACGUCUGAGCAUCUAUGGAGAUUAACAGUUUGUACACAACAGUAUGGUUCUGCGAGUUAAAUCUGGAGCAAUAAAUUUUAGCUUUAAAUAUUUUUUGCCAGUUGUUUCUAGAAGCAGCAACAGCAGUGGCACAUUUUGCCAUGCAUCUUUCUGUAGAGACUUGAUGCCAAGUUUUACAAGACGAAAAGAUUAUGAUGCAUCCAGCAAUGACCUUCAGUUGUAUUGUGAUAAGAGGGGGAGAUGUGAUGAAAGUUUCAAUUAAUCUUUUGAGCACUAUAUUAGAGUAGUGGUUAUGCACUUGCAUUGCUUACAAACGAGCUGUACAGAAGGGUAUACCUCCCAAAUACUUAGUGUAGUUGACUUGUCUUGGGUUGCACUGUACGGCGGAGUACUCAGAGUAGUUGGAACCUGCAGAAUCAGUUGUAUAAAAAAAAAAAUUUAAACAGUGUUUUCUAGGAUACAGGAUAAAAUAUCAUAUCUUAGGGGGAGAAAUCCAUGACUGACAUAUUUUGACCAGCCCAGCAUUGGCUGUAUGUAUUCUUUUUGUUUGUUUAUUUUUUGCCUUAUGUUUUCGUAGGAAAAAUAAACACUUAAUAAAAUGUAUCCAAAUGUUUUAAUUCCAUGUAUGAUACGAAAGGGGUAGGUUUGUUUUAAAAUUUGAACCCAUCAAGGCCUCCUGCAUUGAGGCAUGGCUAGGUAUAUUUUUAAGUUAAAAAGAAUUCAUAAAUGUGAAGCAUUUUAAUCUUUUUAUCUUCCUUUCUCAUAGCCUCCCAGUUGUACCUGUGGCCUUCCUCUAGGCCCUCAGUGGAAUGUUCCAUUGCUUCCAUUUCCAGUCUUGUCACUCUAUGAUGUUGUUGUUCCUGAGAAGGCAGGGCCCCAGUCUGUGGAAUUCCAUAAAUACAAACAGCCCCCAAACACAAAGGAGUAAUGCUUCCUAGGUCCUCGGCCACCUUUUCAUGUAGGAUUUGGUUAUCUUAUGGCAAGUCAGGGUUCCUAAGGCUGUCUCAGGAGGACAAAUAUUAUUUGUGAUGACACGAUACCUAAGAAGUUUAUUUAUUUUUUUUGUCAGAUCAUAGAGACUAUUUUCAGCUUCAGCAAUAAAACAGAGUUUAGCAAAAACACAGAGUAUUAAAGUUGCCAUGUUACUGUCAUUUUUUGUUCUUUAUCCACUAGCCAGUUAUUUUAGCCUACGACAUCCAUUAGCCUUUUGAAAAAUGUUAGCAAAAUGGAUCAUGCAAAGAAAAGUAACUUGAGAAGAGAAAGGGUGAUGAAAAGGGCUGCAAAAUCUUAGAAAUCUUGUAGGUUUGAAUGGGAAGUCAUUUGACAGAGGAGAUUUUUAAAAACGUGGAAAGGGCACUUCAUGCAAGUUCUAGAGGGAGGGGUGGAUAAGUUACAAAUGCCAAUGUGAAAACAAGUGUCAUGAGUUGACUUGCCUAGAGUACGAACCCAAGGUCUAGUUAUGAUCAAAUCGCCUUUUUGAGGAGAAUUCAUUAUGUGUUACACCUAUCCAUGUUUAGAGAAGAGAAUUAAAUAAUCACAAACUAAAACGUGCUGUAUAUUAAUUUCGAGAUAGCUUUCUACUUGCUGUAUAUUCCUUUUAGGGUUUCUAGUUAGAAUUUCUAUUUCUGCUGUGGGAACAAUGAGAGCUAUAUGAGUUCUUUCUAGUUCCAUUUUUAUUUUACUUAUUUUUUAACCAGUUUGCUAACUAAUUACAAGUAAGUGAAAACUUACUUUCACACUUGAAUGGUAAGCUUGCUUUGCUUUUUGGAAAAUGAUGAUUGUUAUCACAGAAGUGAAACAAACUUCUUUCUAUUCAGGCUAAAUUGGGCAUACAAUAACAUAUAAAGAUCUCAAAGCAAUGUACUGAGAGUCUAAAAUACAUGCUAGUGUUGCAUGUCUUGAUGUGUUUUUGUUGGUUGGUUUUCUUAAAGAACUUAUGAAUCUGUAUAUUGUAAAAUGUGGUGUUUUACAUGUCAAUUCAAUUUUUUAAUGAAAGAAAAAUCUGUUGAUUAUUAAAAUGGAAAAGUGAAGCUUUUCUUUAAUUCUCUUAUAUGUUUUUAUUCUUGAUAUUGUUCUUUUACAUCACCCUUUUUAUGUUUUUGGGAAAACUCUAUUUAUAUAAUGUAGGGUGCGUAUAAAGUUCUCGUUGAUGAUGUUGACGAAAGAGAUUACUCUUUCGACCUCACUCUACUUCUCUUCCCUCUAAGUCGAUGUACUGAGAACUUAUAAAGCAUAUCAUUAUAACCCUAAGGGGGUGAUUUAAAGGUUUACAUUUUCAUGAUUCUAAAAUACCAUUGAAAUGUAACUUUUAAAAAUUCCUCACUGUGUGUUUCAUAUUCAAUACCAAGAAAAUUCAGAAUAUACCCAUCAGAAUAUAGUUCAUGCAAACUAUACAACUUAAAAAAUUACAUAUCAGAUAAGCCAAGUAAAACUUUGCAAGAGAGGACUACAUACACUGGAGUCUUGCUUUCUUUAAGUGUAGAUGAAGAGAUACCAUAUUCUGUCAGCAUUUGGGGAGAACAUGGAAAAUCCUUGGGAUGUUGGUGCAUAGUGCACCAAUUUCCUUGUCAGCUGUCACUCAGCACCCUAACUAAGUAACAUCACAAGAACACCAUAAUGGAAAUCUCUCUUUCCAGGCCUUUAGACUAAAAUGGCUUUCUGAUGGAUUCUACCCGCUUGUGUCCAAGUGGAGGAAUAUAUACAGAAAUGUAUCCAUCCUUGGGAGAAAAAAACAAAAAGAGCCUUUCUCCAGUGUAAGAGUAUAUAAAAAUGCCUCCUGGUUGCUUGAUUCUCAACACCCAACUUCCUCCUUCUAAACACAUGGAUAGGGAGCAAGGGAUGGUGGGCUUCCUAUGAAUUAAUAUUAAGCAAUCACUAAAAGAAAGGAAUAUUCCUUUUCUUUCAUUCAGAGCCGUUGGCAUGCAAAGUUGCACAAUUAAUACUAAAACAUUUAAAGUCUUUAAGCUGAUAGUAUCUGUAAUCAAAUAAUGAGAAGACGAAAGCAGUUAAAUGAACACACCAUUCAGGGUCAAAUAUGUUAGGAGAAAGCUGUAGUGGGUCUUUGAUCAUGGUUAGAUUCACAGUGAUAUCAAACAGUUGGUUCUCAUCUAACAGCUAAAUGUUUCAGAUUUUGUUUUUAUUAAAUUUGGCAGUUUCACACUGAGAUCUGUAUUCCUAGUGAAUGAAAGACAGCUAUGUUAGGAGGGAUUCUAUUUUCACAAUUGCAAGGAAGUCAGAGAUAUUUCAGGAACAUGGGCCACAAAAUGUACUCCUUUCACAGUGUUCUCCUAUUCUGAACUGUGCAGUUAUCUAUUAAAUUUUCUAAUAGAUAUUUGUGUAAGGUGUAUGUAUGCUUGUGCAAUUAUAAAAAAGCAGUUUUGGAAAACAGUGUAUUUAUUAAAGAAAAUUACUUAUGGGGCAUGUACAAAACUGUAAAAAAACCUUAAAAAAAAUCACAUUCAAUUUGCCCAGUAAAGUUGUUUAUGUGAAAUUUCUGUGUUGUUGAAUAAAGGACUUUAGUAUUCAAAAUA